AUGGACCGUUUUUCUAACUCGUCGAUAUAUGACGACACCUUGCACGUCGCGUAUCGCGGAUUCGGUCCCGACUUCGUUGCGAGCGCAUUGGUCUGCAUGUUCGGCCGCGGCAUGGAGUUACAAAGAGCGUGUAAUAUGGCUGCUGACUGGGUGCGGUCGCAGAACUACUAUCUGAGCAUUGACGAGUUUUCCUUGUCGGACGACAAGUUCCCGGCGCUCAACGCGAAAGGCUGGGAGGUCGAAGAAGGGUCCGUCCGAAAGGACGUCGUCCGCAAGGACGCGACCGAAUGGUCGAACAUUGUAGUCGUAGUCCAACAGGACGUCGUCCGAGAGGACGUCGUCCGUCAGGACGCGACUGCCCAGUCGAAGCCCCCCGUCCGCGAGGACGUCGUCCGAAAGGACGUCGCACCAUGCGCCUGGGCUGCUCUUCUUUCUGGCACUUGGUCGUCGAGGGGCUUGGCGCCGACUGGAGAAGAUGCGUUCGGCUCCAUGGAGUGCCUUGGAUCCAACUUGGUUCUGGUGAUUGAGUUGAUUCAGAUUGUCGUUGUUGUAACUGAGGAAGCGAAGGCCAAGGAGAUUUUCAAGAAGAGGAAGCAGAACGAGAUGGCCAAGGCUGCAAACCGGAACGACACGGUUCGUGACCGGAGAGAAACAGAAGAACGUCGAGUCGAGCAAUGGAAACGAAGCCAGGCGGCGGAUGUGAAGACGGCCAAGGCAGAGCAACAGUCGGAGAUGGCCAAAACGAAGAUGAUCCAAGCGAAUGCCAUUCUCGACGCCGCUAAAGUCGCCUUUGCUUCGUCCAGCGGCUCACAGUCGGCCAAGAAAAACGCCAAGGGCGCUGCCGAACGCAUCCUCAGGGAGUUGAAAAGCGAGUCGGAGGAGUCGUCCUCGUCGUCCUCUUCGAAGUCGCCGGUGCAGAAGAAGAAGAAGAAGCAAGGGCGUCCGGCAGUCGACAAGAAGGCUGACAAGAAUAAGAAGGGCGCCAAAAAUGUGUCAAAAUCUAGGGGACGUCACCGGUAG